UUUCCUCAAACACAGAGACUGUUCUUGGACUCCAGCUGCUGAAGUGCUUGAGAAGACCAUGCUCUUUCCCACACAGAUUUUUAUGCUUUUUCUAGUUGUAUUGGUCAAUGCUGCAGAGCAGAGCAUUUCUGACAAAAACACUGGCUGUGUGUACGGUCACCCCGGGAUCCCUGGAGACCCGGGACACAAUGGAAUGCCAGGACGUGAUGGCAGAGAUGGGGCCAAAGGUGAUAAAGGAGAUAGAGGUGAUUUAGGAACAUGCGGCACAGCUGGUAAAGAUGGACCAAAAGGAGAUAAAGGAGAACCUGGUGUUCCUGGUAUAGCCGGUGCGAAGGGGAAGCAUGGAGACAAUGGAGAAAGGGGUUCACCUGGCAAAAUGGGGCCCCAAGGCUUCCCAGGGCCACUGGGUUUAAAAGGUCAGAAGGGAGAACUUGGUUUGUCAGGACCACAGGGCAUCAAAGGGAACGUGGGUCCUAUGGGCCCUGUGGGACCACAAGGAGUCGUUGGCUAUAAGGGAGACAAGGGCAUACAGGGUCCUUUGGGGCCCCCAGGGCGACCAGGUCCAAAGGGUGAAAUCGGCCAUCCAGGUAUCAAAGGCAGCAUUGGUGUUCGUGGUGAGAAAGGGUCAAAAGGGGACAUAGGGGAGCAAGGCCGAAAAGGGGACAUGCCUGAGAUACCAAAAAGUGCCUUCUCAGCCAAACUGAGCGAAAGCUCCAAAUUACCUGCCACUUUCACUCCAAUCGUCUUUGAUAAAAUCCUCUAUAACAGUCAGGGACACUAUGAUCCUCAGACCGGCCGCUUCACUUGUGCCGUCAGAGGAGUGUAUUUUUUCAUCUACCAUAUCACUGUGUUCUCUCGCAAUGUAAAAGUGGUCCUGAUGAAGAAUGGUCAGCCAGUGAUCUAUACUAUGGACAGCUACCAAGGUGGUGAGGACCAGGCUUCCGGAGGAGCAGUCCAAGAACUGCAAGCUGGAGACAGAGUGUGGUUGCAAGUGGCUGAUGGACUGCUAUUUAAUGGGUUAUAUGCAGAUGAAGAUGACGACACUGUUUUUUCUGGGUUUCUCCUCUUUGCAACCUAAAGACACUGCUACGAAUGGGAAUUUAGUGGUACAAAACCAUGCUUUGAAAGAAGAUAUUUUAAAUUCACUAAAUGGCAUCAUUAUAAUAUUCUGUAAAAUAUAAAUCAUUGUUUAUGUUUCAUAUAUUCAUUUGUGAACAAAAAUAAUGUCUUUGCUAAAGCAAACGUCACGAUGUUGUGUUUAUAAUCGUGCUCUUGCAAACUGUUUUAGCUCAAACUUUCAGGGAAAAUGAACUGAAAGAGUUGUCAGAAGCUUAAUGAUGUUGACAUUUAAGUCAUGUGGUAUAGUUCAUUUAUAGUCUAUGUUUAGCUUUUUACUUUUGGUGAUUGUAUUUAGACUUCAAAAUUUGUGUUCUUUUGUGAAAAGUAUCAUGAUGAACAACAUAUGCAAGAAUCAUAAACUUUUGUUGGUAACAGAGCUUAUUUUCUGCAAUAAUCCAAAAGGCAAUGGAAAAAAUCCUAUGGACCCUUUUCACAAGACUGACACAUUUAACGGUCAUCAGCGUCAUAAAUCCUCAAAUGUUUUUUAUAUUUUGAUUUAUUUUUUUUUUAAAUGUAUGUACUAUACUAACUAUACUAAUAACACUAUACUUUCUAUUAUAUCACCUUUGCAUCAAAUUACAAAAAAAUACCUAAAAACUAGUUAACACUAAUGCGAGGGUGUUUAAUGCAGCAUCUAUGGGAGGGCCGGUAAAUUUGACAUCUUUCUCUCUUCAGACUGCUGCUAUCUCGUUAUACUAUUAUACAGUCUCUCUCAAUUUUUUUUACUUUUUUGAAAGUCAUGAAAACGCUAUCGUAGAUUUUUUCUUUUGUUAUUUAAGCAAAUGGGAAUGCACUGCUCUCGAAGUUAACCCAACUAUGACGACUUCCGCUGCUGAGAAACCCGGAAAUGUAAAAAAGGUCCAUUGGGUUUUUGUUGAGGAACCAGAGUGAUGCUAACUUCCAGUUGGCCAAAAAAAAAAGAAAGAAAAGACAGAGAUGUUACGAGGAGAUGACGUUACUGUUUUGGAUUAAAGAGGGCACAUGAAUUUAAAAAUAAUUAUAAUGAUAUGGACAAGUCAUUUAUAAUAAACACUGCAAUAUUCCAUUAAAAUAUAUAAGAAUG